AAUCAGAUGCUUCCCCUGCUGAUAAGGCCCCGCCCACAGCUCACCAAGGGUAUAAGAGCCACACACUGCAAGACACAGCAUGUUUCAGUUCAAUUGAUAGUGAUGGUUAGACUGGCAAAAAUGAGAAAAUCCACAUCAGUUUCGAGCUUGGAGUGUCUGAUCUACUGCAGGAACCCCGACACGACCACGGGACACAAAGAGAUGAAACAAACAAACUGGAGAUCAAGAAUGCUUUUCAAGACUUUUCCCGUGAGAGAAUCACGUCACACAUUGAGGAAAUCAUACGGGCCCACUACUGAAGAAGUGACUCGAUGGGCACAGUCUCUGGACAACCUGCUGAGCAGCAAAUGUGGAUUAACGGCUCUGCGGCAGUUCAUGAAGUCUGAGCACUGCGAGGAGUACAUCGAGUUCUGGAUGGUCUGUGAAGAGUUCAGAAAGAUCAGGUCCAAUUCCAAACUCAAAUCCAGGGCAAAAACCAUAUACGAGGAGUUCAUCAGGGAAGAUUCCUCCAAAGAGAUCAACCUGGACUUCCACACAAAGGAGUCCCUCCACCAAAGCCUUCUGAUCCCAACGCAGUCCUGUUUCACAGCCGCCCAAAACAGAGUUUACUUCCUGAUGGAGCACAACUCGUACCCUCGGUUCCUGGACUCUGAACUCUAUCGCCGGCUCUGCACAAUCGCUGCAGGGGAGCAGUAAAUGUGUUUAAACAAACGGCAGGUCCGUUUCCGCAUCUACUGUCCCAUGUAGGGAGUGUGUUAUAUGAAGAUUUCAGUGUAUUUAAUAUUUAAUAGAAGAUUUGUAAAUAGUCAGGCAUUGGUAUUGAGUUUUCACGUAAUGUUGUAUCUAUGUUCUGAAGUUUUCUUGUAGGACUUUUUUUUUAUUUUUGCAUUUCAUUUCCGAUUGCUUUCUGGAUUUUGGGUGCACUGUUAAGAAACAAAAACAAAGAAUAAGCAAAAAGUGUAUAAAUGUUUACAAACCGACAUUUGGAGGUUUUUUUAUUAAUUAACUAACUUAUUUUUUUCUAUCAGUGAAUAUUUAAUUAUUGAUGCUCGUUUUACUAUUUUAUUUUUAUUUUUUUUUACAUUGGAAAAAAAAAAACCUUUUCUAUCGAGUACUCACUGAAGGUUAAUUUCUAAAAAAAAAAAAAAAAAAACAAUCAUAAUACACAUACACUUGGAUUAAAUAUUCGUUUGUCACUCCA